AUUAUAAAGAUAGCCGCGAGAUGUCGCAGCUUCAGUCGACCGAGAUGAGUUACAGAGCGCUGCUCGCUGUAGCGCUGUGCGGAGCGGCGUGGGCCGCCAGCGUCCCACACGCCUCCAACAGCCAGUCCUACGAUACGAUAGUCAUCGGGCUGGGGUCAGCCGGGACCACUGCGGCGUCGACCCUGGCGCGCGCCGGCCGCAGGGUGCUGGCGCUGGAGGCGCAGGACCGAGUGGGCGGCAGGGUGCACACCGUGCCGUUCGGGGACGGCGUCGUGGAACUCGGCGCUGAAUGGAUCCACGGCACCAGCCCCAACAGAGUGUACGACGCGGCCGUCCAGAACAACGUGACGCUGCUGCCGCAGGACUUCGAGCUGGCGUUUUACAGAUCAGACGGCGGGGAGCCCAACACUGCGUUGAUGAAAGAACUGUUUAAAUUUUCUUCGCAGUUCUUUCACGGAUCGCCACCCACGCCGCAACCAAUGGGCCAAUAUAUAACACAGAGGAUAUAUGAAUACUUGAAAGAGAGGCACCCGGCAGUGCUUGCAGACCAGGACUUUAUAGAUGAGUUCCUGCGCUUCGUAGACCUGUAUAUAUCCGAAUACGAAGCGCUCACCACUUGGAAUGAUCUCUCCUCAAACUGCAAGUUCCUGAAGGUGGAAGGUCAUCCAUACGUUAGCUGGCACAGGCAUGGAUAUAAGACAUUCUUUGAGGUUUUAUUGAACACAUACAACAACGGGCCAGGGCUGCCGACACUGGACAUAAAAUUGAGCACGGAGGUGACUAGGGUGGCGUGGUCGCGGGCGGCGGACGGCAACGUGACGGUGACCACCGCCGACGGCGCCACCUACACGGCCGACAACGUCAUAGUCACUGUGUCGUUAGGAGUACUGAAGGAGAGACACGAAACUCUGUUCUCGCCGCAGCUGAAUCAAGAAAAAAGAACGGCCAUAGACAAAAUAUCUAUGGGCAACAAGCAUAAAAUAGUCUUCCUCUUCCCACACGCGUGGUGGCCAAAGGGUCAAGAGUUCGACUUCAUUUGGAAUAAAGAGGACAUAAAAAACUUGGCCGACGACGAAAAAUGGCUGAGUGAAAUUGUGGAGAUAAUUACUCCUAUGGGUACAUCAAAUGCGAUUACGAUUCCGAUCUGCGGAGAGCCGGCCAUAUUGGUAGAGUCAUUGCCCGACGACCUGGUCAAACAGAAAUGUCUGCAGCUACUGCGAAGGUUUAUGGGGCGUAAUGUGACUAUUCCAGAACCUAUAGCCUUCGUGAGAUCAAACUGGCACUCGAAUCCGUACACGCGAGGUGGCCUCACAUACGAUAACGUAAUAUCCCCGCAGUACCCCACAGUGAGGGAAGACCUGGGUGCACCCCUCACCGACUCCUCCGGUAGACCAAGGGUCCUUUUCGCUGGGGAGGCGACGAACCCAACCCACUUCUCGACGGUCCACGGCGCUAGUGAGAGCGGUUACAGGGAAGCUAACAGGCUAUUACAGUCACACUAAAGAGAUUAAGGUUGCCGUGUGGUCCCGGCAUAGAAUAGGCCACCCCUUCCUUUCCCCUGAAUGUCGUAAGAGGCGACUAAGGGAACUUAAUGAUCGAGGGAUGAACAACAGUGUCCCUGUUAAAACAUCAGUAAAUAUUAACUGCGGUUGCCAACUCGCCUGCCAAGCGUGGCAACUACUAUCACAACCCCCUUUUGGGGGAAGCUUAUGUACACUAGAUGACUGAUAUAAUGUACUCUUUUUAUUAUAUUUUAUUAAGAAAUAUAGUAUAUUAUAUUCUUCUAGCAGAACUGAACAUUUUUCCUGAAUAAGAAUCGAUGGAAAAUAAAGUGUUGAGAUUGUGAGUUUUUUUUUAUACAACUUAGAAUGGCGAACAAGCUGACGACCCACCCGAUGGAAAGUGGUAACCGUCGCCUAUACACAUGAGCAGUACCAUGGACAUAACAGUACACACACAUACUGUUUCGCCCAUGAUACCCCCAUGCGUUGCCAUUCCCGAGGACUCAGGUGUUAUUCCUCUGUGACCUGUAAAUUCACGUCAUAUCGCACCCUUCAAACCGAAACACAGCCAUGCAAACACAACUGCUGAGAUAGUAAUACAUAUAAUUCCACAGCUGACGCGCCGUGUUUUUUUUACAGUUCUUUGUAUUUUUUUUAUAUCAUUGAUACUUAAAAAUUUGUUUGAUGUAAAAUGUAUAAUUUAGUGGCCCGUUUUGUAUGUUAAAAUGUGUUUUUUUAUGUCUGUUACACUCUCACUGCAGUUCAGAGGCUCUUUACGUUUACAGUCUUUAUUUAGAGUUUGGUCGCCAUUUUAUUUUGUAUAAAAAUGUAUAUAUAACCUUGUAGUCUUUAAUAAUAAUUUAAUCUUGUAAAUAAAUAAAUAAAUAAAAUUAAGAAAU